GCGGGGCUACGGGGGCCGGCGCGGCCCAGAGCUGAGCGGCGGCGUUUCCCGGCGCCCCCCGCGGCAGAUUGUACACAAUCAUCAUGGCCGCCGCCGCGUCCGCCGCCGCCGCAGGUGCCGCGGAGCCGGGCAUGGAGGCUGAAGCGCCGGGUUGUGGCGAGGGAGGCGGCUCGCCUCGGGGUGAUGAGUGUAUGUCCGCACCGCCGGGAGCCGUCAGCAACGGCAGCGACUCGGAGACAGGGCAGGAGCUGGUGGAGCUGCGGGUGAUCUGGAACAAGAACAAGUACGACGUGAAGUUCCGCCUGGACAGCACGGGCGCGGACCUGAAGCAGAAGAUCCACUCGCUGACAGGCCUGCCGCCCGCCAUGCAGAAAGUGAUGUUCAAAGGGCUGCUGCCCGAGGAGAAGACGCUGCGAGAGAUCAAAGUCACCAACGGUGCCAAGAUCAUGGUGGUGGGAUCCACCAUCAACGACGUGCUGGCCGUCAACACGCCCAAGGAUGCGGCUCAGCAAGAGGGGAAGGCGGAGGAGAGCAAGAAGGAGCCGCUCUGCAGGCAGAAGCAACACAGAAAAGUAUUGGAUAAAGGAAAACCUGACGAUGUGAUGCCUUCCAUUAAAGGUGUUCAGGAGCGCCUACCAGCUGUACCAUUAUCUGGCAUGUACAACAAAUCAGGGGGGAAAGUAAGAUUGACCUUUAAACUCGAGCAAGACCAGCUAUGGAUUGGUACAAAAGAAAGAACAGAAAAGUUACCCAUGGCGUCCAUUAAAAAUGUGGUGAGUGAACCUAUUGAAGGACAUGAGGAUUAUCACAUGAUGGCAUUUCAGCUGGGCCCAACAGAAGCGUCUUACUACUGGGUCUAUUGGGUACCAAAUCAGUAUGUUGAUGCAAUCAAAGACACGGUGCUGGGAAAAUGGCAGUAUUUUUGAAAGCACGCUCACCUCUGGCACAGGAAAAUGACACAAAGCUAAAGGACACUGCUGGGAGAGGCCUCCAGCAUGCCUGGAUGUGACAGUCCUGGAACUUAUUAAUAAAAUAUGAUAAAAGAGGCAUUGAUGGAAGCCAGAGGUGAUGUUCUUUCACCAUUAGUUUACUUUUAACUUAAAAAUUUUCACCAUCCCUUUUCUGCAGUCAGCUUCAACCGUAUUUAAAGCAAAAUGCAGUGGAAAUCAAUAAAUUCUAAUUCACAAAAUAUUGUGUGUAAUACACUUAAAUCCGCUGAGAGUUGAUCUUCCAAUUUAGUUCUAAAAAGCAACUAUUACAAUGUAUUAUUGAGGAUUUUUUGGUUUUUUACAUGGUUUGAACAAAAACGACUAUUUUCAUAACCUUUCAGUUACGAGCAUUCGACUUAAUUUAGUGACUUGGUUGUGACUGAGAAUUUCAGAACCAGUUUAUUUUUAGAAGUAAACUUGAAGCAGUGUAACAGUAUGCAAAAUGGAUGUUCAGCAAGCCAUAUUCUGCUGGCCCUUUUCUUUCGGUGGCAAAGCUCUGCAUUUAUUUGCUUUUAUAAACCCAAAGAUGCCCUUCCUUUUUUGUCUUGUUUAACCCCCCUCCCCCUCUCUCCCAGUGCUGGAAGCUGUGGGUUGGUACUCCAUGGCAUGUAUGGAGCAGAGGAACACCACUGUGGAUGUUCUGUAAGCACUGUGACCCGGUGCUGCUCACUGUCCUGCUUUGUGCCGCCGUUGUUUCCCUCUCUGCUCCAUUUCUGCCCGGAGUGCUGUGUUUCGGAGCUCUGUGCACACUGCAGCCCUGGGUCACAUUGCAACUGUUGCGACAACACUUACCUGUCUAAGUGGAGAACAAACCUUCAGAAAGCUCCGGGCUGCACUCCAUAACCAUGCUGGUGUGUGCAAAGGAAGCGAACUGAAUAGGCCUUCCUUCUAUUUAUGUUGGGGAGGAGGACAGAGGUGGGAGAAGGAAGUUCUGAUGCCAUUUUGCAACGUAAAUAACUGCAGUAGCCUUUUGUGAUCCAAAUCUGAAAGCAUAUGGGUAUCUUCUUCAGUGAACCCUGCCAAACCAGGGGGACCUGUCCAGCAACUGAUCUGAAAUUUCAGUUACCUUCCAGCUUUUCUUUGGCUCAAGUUUACAGUAAGUUCUUACAGUAAGUUCUUGCAUCCAGUUCUGUCCGAAAUACCAUUCCGUGCCAUUGGUUUGUGGUAUUCAAUGUCAUCUCAGCAAUUAAUGUGCCAUUUAUCUCAGGUUUUCUGCAGGGACCUUCCAGUCCUGACAAGGUGCACAUCCCUACCAGAUUGUAUGUGCAGUCAGACUGAGUCAGUCUGGCUGUGUGUUAAAUCUGCAGCUAACAGAUGGCAGUUUGGUUUUGGUUGUUUUAACCCUGUAAGCUUAAUAUCCUCAAUCCCAGAUAGCUCAGCAUUUUGUGAAACUUGCUUAGAAAUGUCCUUUUAGGAGCAGCUGAACUGAAUCUAUUCCAUAUCCAUCUUUUGCUUGCCUUGAAAUAGCCCAGUUGAAACUCAGCAGGUGCAAACUCCUAAAUGACUAUUUGUUUUAUCCGAGAGGCUUGGGAAAGUAUUCACUUCAUGGUAUGUCUUAAGGGUGUGUAUUUACCUGUAGGCUCUUGAUAGCAAUGUAAGCAGCUUUUGUUUUGUCCUUUCAGUUAGAGUACUGUUGCAAUACGAAUUGUAAAGGUGUUCCAUAUCCAAGAUAGAAACUGGUGAUGUUCUGGUUAAUGCCAUUAUGUGAGGUCUCUGCCUGUGGUGCUGCAGGUGGGGGCUCUUGCAGUGGGUUGGAGAUAGCAAUUCUUCUGUCACUCUUACUUUCUGAUUGCCAGUGCGGGUGUUAAUGCUUUAAUUUUCACUUUCAGUCCCUGGUGGAAGGUGUAUGUGCUGCAGUACUCCAUCAUUUGGUGUAGCUGGUGUAUGAGGGUAAUUAAUGAUGUUGGUGUCUUCUGUCCCUUGGGUUCACCUUUGCACUCAUCUGUCUCUUUGGUUCAGGCUGUCAGCUCCACUCACUGCCUGGCUUGCUUGGAGCUCUGCAUCCAUUCACACCCGAUUUCCUUCCCUGCUCUUUCCCUGGCUUGCCCCUGAUCCAUUUGUCUGUGGCUCAGCUCCUCCCCGAGUUGCUGUGGAGUCUGGGUUUGGUGCAGGGUCAUGGUGAGUACAUGGGGCACCAUGGGCACUGCCCACUGCCGAGGCCAGAGGGGCACCAGGAGCAGCAGUGCACCUUCCCUGCACCUUCCCAGCCUGUCCCCACUCUGCUGGGGACAGCAACUUGUCUCAAACUGAGUAUGAAAGUUGGGGGUAACAAAGCAGCUUUAGAUAUGAAGAAGAAAAAAAAAUUAAAGAUGAUCAAAAGUGGUUCUGUUUAGGUUCUUCUAUUUAAAUUUGAUUUGAAGUCUUGAAUUUCUUUGAAUUCAAUUUAAAAUACAGCAAAGGGAUGCUUGCUGGAAGUGCUUUAAUUGGUUUUUGUUGGAUCAUUACAGUGGGUUUCUCAGGAGUUCUCUGAAGCCAAUAUUCCUCCUGAACUUAGCAGCAUCUCUUUUAAGAUCCUCGCUCUUUUUGGAAGGACGCGGAGCUCUUUCUCAUCUGCUGUGUGCCCAUUUCUUCAAGGCGGUUAUUGUCAUUGAUCAUUAACAUCCAAGAGAACAUGCUGUGUGUUUAGUCCUGCUGUGCUGUAGCCCAUCUGUCUGGAGCUGUGUACCAGGCUCCUGCUGCCUCUGGGUUUGCUCUGAGAGCUGUGGUGCGUCCCAGGGCUGGUGGGCAUGAAGCAAUGCUGUGCAGGAGGCAGCUUUGGUCCCCACUGAGACGUGGUGUCAGAUGUGAUGUGAGAUGUAAGGAGUGCUUUCAGUUGGCUGAUGAAGAUUGCUUUGAGAUCCAGUGUGUGCUCUUCCAUAGGAAGUUUUUGGUAAUAGCUGCAGUGAUUCCUAUGCAAAAGCUUAAACAACACUUAAACAACAAUACGAUGCCUUUCUAUGGAGAUUGUUUCCCUGCUGUGUGUAUAGGUGUCUUUCCCCAUGAGCGCUGUGUAUGGGGGUUCCUUAGGAAACCAUACCAGGUGUGUCAGGUUUAUUGCUCAGUGGUGGAAGCAACCAGAGCACAAACAUGUGGUGACAGCUGCAAUUCCCACCCCCACUGCUGCCCUGUCCCACCCCAGCAGCCCUGCAGUCAGUUUGCUCAUUGUGGUGCUCCAGCUCCCCCAGUGCUGUUCCCACACCCCCUGCCCGCUGACGGGGUCCCCUUCCUCUCCUUGUUCAGAGCGCAGCAUUCCUUCUGCAGCUGCUUUGCAUCCCAAGAACGAGCAAUUCCUGGAUACGUUUUUCACUUGGAUUUUAAAAAAGAUAUCGUUUAAACUUUGUUUGGGUCCGAUCGUAGAAUGUGUUCUGCAUGAAAACGCUGUAUUAUUUACACAUUUUUCAUAUCAUUAAUUUCCAUCAGUGACAGUGUCUAAUGAGAAACAGGUAAUUAAACUCACAAAAGAGAGAAGGGGAGAUGAGUUCCAGGACCCAGACAAGCUGUUCACACACAGUGCUCACAUCUGGUGUACACACACACACACACAUCAGCCCCAAUGCCUGCCAUCCCUGAGCUGUGGCCAAGGCUUCCCAUGCCCCUUCAGCACGGCAUUCCCACCCAGCACUGUGCCAACCCCACACAGCAGUUUGCUUUCAGUCUUCCUUUGUUGGCUUCCUCUUUCCCCUCUGUAACAUCAUUUCCCAAUUGAUCUGCUUUCGUUCUGUGCCACGUUCCCCCUGUUGCCUUCAGCCACGGAUUUGCUCGCUGCACUCACAAUUCACGAUGUCUUAUCCAUGUUCCGAGCAAUUCAUUCUUUCGUUUCUUGUUCUAACAAAACAAAAAGAUCUUAGAUGUUUGUGUCCACUGCAGGUUUAUUUUAAAUGGAAUAUGUAAGUACCAUGUUUAAUGGUAUUUUUAAAUAAUCUUAUUGCCUAUUUCUGGGGAGCGGGAGAUGACAUAUUUAGUCUUAGAUUUGCACUGCUGGAUUUUUUAAGUGUAACCUUGACUGGUUAUCCUAUUGUUUUAUUCUGUAAGAUUAAUUAGUCUUAUGAAUUAAAGUUUGAUAAUGAA